CGGAUUGAGGAAGAGGUGCAGAAUAUUUGACCAUUUUCAGGUGUGGAGGAGACCUCACCAUAAGCAGCAAAAAUGCCAGUCAUAAAUGUAGACGAUCUGACAGACCUGGAUAAAGCUAAAAUGGAAGUAACCCAGCUCAAAGUUGAGGUGAAGCUUGAAAGGGCGAAGGUGUCCAAAUGCUGUGAAGAGAUUACGGAGUACAUUCAGGGUGGUGCAGAUGAGGAUCCUUUGGUCAAAGGUAUUCCAGAGGAGAAGAACCCAUUCAAGGAGAAAGGUGGAUGUGUCAUUUGCUAAUGUGGACAGAGGAACCUCCAACUUUUACAGUUUAGUGUUCUUUGCUGUCCAUGGACACCUGCUAAAAUUUAAUCAUAUUUGGAUAUCCUCUCUGCAGCCUGACAAAGGGGACAAUCAAUCACAAACAUGGAUAGAUGUUGAAAUAACUCUAAAAGGCUUUUUCGACCUUGUAAAUGAGUCCCCCGGAUCUGGACCCUCUUACAUAUUGUUGUGAAUCCCUCUUUCAAAGGUGUUGUAAUAAAUCAGACAAUCAUUGUGCACUGAUCAUCAGAGCCUUGCUUGAUUAACUAGGCCUAAUUGGCAGCCAGCCCAAGAGUUUCAUCUGUGUGACAAUAGCCUACUGAGGAGAAAUGAAAUGUCUGAGCUUGUAAUGAAUGUGAUAAAUCAAUGCUUAACCAAUGGAAUAUUAUUAGCUAUUCAAUAAAACAUGGCAAUGGGCCACUACAUUUUC